UUUACGAAAAACAUAAAUCUAAAUAUAGUAAAUUUUACAUGUCACAAUUAGAUUUAUGCCAUGUCAUAUUUCUUUUAAGCCAUGUCAUCAUUUUUUUGUGAAAGUUAAUGUAGUGAUGACAUAUACACAAAUCAAAUCUUAAAUAUAGUCUAGGGGAUUAUACCCUCCAAAAUGAAAUUGAACGUUUUUUUAAAUAGAUUUUUUUUAUUAAAAGAAGCGUAUACUAUAUAGUAUAUACUCUUUUUUGGCUAAAAUUUGGUGCAGCUUAUACGAUAUACUUGCAGCACCAUUCUGUAUAAUAUUUAAAUAUCAUCCAGCUCCUCGUUAUGUGAACAUAAGGUAAGCUAGACUUACGUACCACAAUAAAUACACACAUAAUUUACAAGUUUGAAGCUAAUGACAGAAGUCACAGAACCUUUACUAUCAAAAGUGCUUGUAUUCGUCAUACAUAUGCAUGUAAUAUUUGAUAUAAAACAGAUAUGAAUUAUUCUGAAUUUUGGUCUAUAACCUCUAACAGAGAUUAUUUGUCGGAGAUGGAUAUUCGACAAGAUAACAACAAUUGUCUUUAAAAUAUUUAUGUUUAGGUACGAAUUGACUUUUUCAAAAUCUUAAUCAAUAAAUUUUAAAAGUUAAAUGACUAACGGGUUUACGUGGGAAAACGAAAAAACAAACAUACUACAAACAAUCUACUUGUAUAUAAACCGAUGUUGCCCAAAAGGCAUUUCUCGUCAAUACUUGUCAAAGAUAAAAGAGGAAACGAAAUCUGGAAGAGGGAGAGAUAUAUAUGGGUGAGGUGCUUCUAUGGAUGAAGGAGACCUGGAAGCAGUAGUUAGAGGCUACUCUAGCUGCUCUGAUGCAUUUUCCGGCAAAAGCUCCGGUGGAUUUUCACCUUCGUUUUGUCUUCCGGUUGAGACAGCUAGUUUAUACGAAGAGGAGAUGGAGACAACCGGUUUAGACGAACUCGGUGUACUCUACAAGCCCUUUUACACUAGCUCCACACAAACCCUCACGAACCCCGUCUCUGUUUCGGAAGAUUCAGGACGUUCCCGAGAUGGUAAGAAACAACGCACACAUGGUUGUCUUCUAGCUAACGGAUCAAGAGUUAAUCGCAUCCGAAUCCCUGAAUCAUGGAAGAGCAGGAAGAACCAACAGAAGAGAGUAGUUGGGCAAGUGAAGGAAGAGAAUCUGCUGUCGGACGCAUGGGCAUGGCGUAAAUACGGGCAGAAACCCAUCAAAGGAUCUCCAUACCCAAGGAGUUAUUACAGGUGCAGCAGCUCAAAGGGGUGUUUAGCAAGAAAACAAGUCGAAAGAAAUCCUCAGAACUCGGAAAAGUUCACCAUAACAUAUACGAAUGAGCACGAUCACGAGAUACCAACCCGAAGAAACUCAUUAGCCGGUACAACCCGAGCCAAAUCUUCCAAACCUAAACCGUCAAUAACCAAAAAAUCAGGAAAGCAAGUGGUUUCGUCUCCCACAAGUAACCCCGUGAUCACAUCCGGUGAUGAAUCGUCUGUCGUGGUUCAAGCCAUGGAGGUUGCAGAAAUGAGUACCUACCAAACAACCGGAGAAAUCGAGGGCACGAGUAACAAUUUACCAACGGAUUUGUCGUCGGAUACGGGACAUAAUCCGAGUGAUUUCGAUGAAAUAUUGAAUAGCCCAGAGUUUAUCAAUGGGUACUUAUGGGAUUACUAGAGAAUGUUAUAUAUUCAAACUUAGAGCAU